AUGAACACUCAAACUCAAGAUACAAAUCGUGAAGAUUGGUUAUUAUGGCAAUUUACUGAUUCUGCGUUGCCAACUGGAGGUUUCGUAGCUUCUGCCGGAUUGGAAUCUGCAACUCAAGCAGGACACGUUACAAAUAAUGAAUCUUUAUUAUUAUUUUUAAGUAGUAGCAUUGACAAUUAUGCUUAUAGUUCGUUGCCAUUUGUUACCGAUACUUGGUGGGCUAUCGAUAUAGAAAGCCCGAACAAUGAAAAUUUAAAAGAUUCUGUGAAUGAUAUAGAAAAAAUUAUGGAAAAAAUUAUAAGUUUAGAUGAUUUAUAUGACGCUUGUACAUCAAACUACGUUACAAAGCGAGCUUCGAAAGCUCAAGGUGUCGCUAUGUUAACUUUGUUUGCUAAAUCUUUUGCUAAUGAAAAUAGUAAAUCAAACAUGAAAGACUUUCUAGUAGAAAAGUUUAAGCUUAGAGUUAGAAAAGAAAUUUCAUAUGGACAUUUGCCGAUUUGUUUUGGACUGGUUACAAA